GUAGAUCUCAAAUCCUGCACUUCACGAGGUUUGACCAUUCAAAGUGGUAACCGCACCAUAAGAAAUAAGGAAGUUGUAUCUGAAGAAAUUAAAAGAGAAAUGGGACUGCAUGACGACGAAGGGAAACGAAAGAGGGGCUGUGUCGAUGCAAAAUGGACAGGUAAAUGUACUGAAAUUAUGGAAAGCGAUGCCAGAUUUCUGUUAGAGUUUGACAAAGUUCAGAACGGAUUACAAAAGGCAUGGGGAAGUAAAGAUUAUUUGAUUAACCCAUUUCAAGUUAUAUGUCCUUUGUGUGGUGAGAUUCGAGUUAUAUCCAAGAUGAAUCAGCCCCAAGAAAUUAUUAAUCAUAUAAAAGAUGCACAUGAAAGUAAAAUGCCAUCGGCCAGUUCAGUCGCUAUGAAGCGAUUACAAGCGUGGAAGCAAAAUAACUUUGUCACAGAACAGCAACUUGACAACGUGGCAGAACUCUCUCCUGAACUAUUGAAGGAUCCCACCACCAUAAUCAAGAAUCCAAUGGUCAGGGCUUGUGUCCUGGCCCGUGGCAUUGUUGAGGGGGCAGUUUAA